AGUGUAUUUUUUAUUAUACAAUUAUUCCAUUUUUUAUUAGGUUUUUUUUUUUUUUUUUUUUUAAGUUGUCAUGUUUUUUUUUUUUUUUUUUUUUUUUUUUUGAAUGAAAGUUGUCAUGUUAGUGAUAGAAGUAGAACAAAGGAGGAACCAAUAAAGGAGAGAGAGAGAGAGAGCUGCAUAAGCAAGAAGAGAAAAGCAUCGUCAACCUCAACCACUUGGUCACACACUCACAGCUUUUAGAGAGAGAGAGAAAAGAAACCCAGCUUUUUAGAGAGAGAAAGAAAGGAAACCCAGCUUUUUCAUUUUCAAAAUUUGUAUGUUUGAAGAGAGAGAAAGAAAACUCCUCUGCCCCUAGAAAAUUGCAUUGAGAUAAGGACUUAUGCUAGUACUGGUAGUAAAUACACACACUCUCUCUCUUAUUCGCAGAUAUACAAAAUGACCUCUUCAUCCUUCUCUUCCUCCCUCCUCUCUGCAUUUUCACAGAGCCUCUCUUUAAUUUUCCACAAACUGUUCGACCUUUAAGGCCCCCCCUUCUCUGACUCUGACCCCCCCUCUCUCCUGCGGCUUCUCUAAUAGCCCAAUUCUCUUUUCUUGAUUUUAGAGAGCCAUCUCUCUCUCUCUAGCGCAGUGAAAUCGUUCGACGUUUACUCCUCUUGCUUCAAAGAAAUAUCGAUUUGAUAAAUCUCUCAUUUUUCACCUCUAAUAGAAGACGGGUCUGAGAAAAACUGUUCGACAUUUAACUCUGGUCACGUAUACGUCACUCGGUGGAACUUGUUAGAAGGGUUUGAAGGGUUGAGCUGGGUUAUGUGUGUAUGAGUGCGAAAGUAUCCUUAGAAGAUGCUUCGUGUUAAAGGAUUUAUAAUGGGUUGGUGACAGUGGACCUGUUUCAGUCUCUUCCGUUCGUUGUCUUCAACUCCAAGCCUUUUUGUUCUUUCUUAUUUGGUUUGAGUCUACCUCUGUAUCAAACAGUAAACAGUGGAACAGAGAGGAGCUAUUCCAAGUUGCUUUUAAAAAGAUUUAUAAGCUUUUAAGAAUAGUAAAUGCAUGGAUCGAAGGGAUCCUAUGGCGUUAUCUGGUUCUGCUGCUUACUAUGCUCAGAGAGGAAUAGGUGUCCCUGGUUCUGGAGCACAGCCUGAGCUUCAUGGAUCACCAGGCAUGCAUCAAUUGUCGAAUCCAAACGUGUCUUUUCAGUCGAAUAUGGGAGGCAGUAAUAUGGGAUCAACACUGCCUGCAGAACCACCUUCUGCUAUGUCCUCCCAUGGUGUCAAUGUGGGUGGUGGACAAGGUAUGAUGUCAUCAAGUGAGCAAAUUAAAAGGAAAAGAGGAAGGCCUCGGAAAUACGGACCUGAUGGAUCUGUAUCCUUGCAACUGUCUCCUUCUCCCGCUACCAAUCCUGGAAUGGCAUCACCAACCCAGAAGCGCAGCAGGGGACGCCCGAAAGGGACUGGGAAGAAGCAACAAUUAGCUUCUCUUGGUGAAUGGCUCUCCGGUUCUGCUGGGAUGGGUUUUACUCCACAUGUUAUCACUAUUGCAAUUGGAGAAGACAUUGCAACAAAAAUAAUGUCAUUUUCGCAGCAGGGGCCAAGAGCUUUGUGCAUUUUGUCAGCCAGUGGUGCUGUUUCUACUGUCUCUCUUCGUCAGCCUUCAUCAUCUGGUGGCACAGUCACAUAUGAGGGACGAUUCGAGAUAGUUUGUCUUACAGGCUCUUACUUGAUCACCGAUAGCAGUGGCUCUAGGAACAGAAGUGGAGGUCUUAGCGUAACUCUCGCCAACGCGGAAGGCCGUGUCAUUGGUGGCAGUAUUGGAGGAGCGCUCAUUGCUGCAAGCCCCGUCCAGGUAAUAGUGGGGAGCUUCAUAUGGGGUGGUUCAAAAAUAAAGAACAACAAAAGGCAGGAAGCAAUAGAGGGUCCGACAGAUUCGGUGGAUAACCCACUAGGCAUGCAAAAUCAAAACCAAAGUCUUACACCAACAUCGUCCGUGGGUGUGUGGCCAGCUUCUCGGUCAUUGGACAUGCGCAAUGCCCACAUGGACAUCGAUUUGAUGCGUGGGUAACAGUUGUUUUCUAUUAUUAAAUAAUAAUAAUAAUAAUGAUAUUAUUAUUUUGGAAUGCAACGUCGACAACAAGAGCAAUGUAUAUAUAAUCUUUCAGUUUUCUUGACUAGCUGAAUCUAUUUUUCUUGGAGAUAAAAACUGAUGACAAAUGACAGAAAGCCAGCUGCUGAUUCAAGAUUUCUAACUUCAUUUUGCCCAUCAUGAAUGGACAGCGGGGGAGAUCAUGUACUCAUAUUUUUCUAGCCUUUUUUUUUUUUUGAUGGAUGGAAUUUUCAAUUUGAUCAAAUUUCUUGAAUGUGUGUCGUUUUUUUUAGGUAAUUUCGUUUGAUUCUGUAGGAAAAAUUAAUGACCUGUCUCCUUCAUUCAUAUAUUAUUUUAAUUAUAAAGACAAUGAAAAACAUAAUUCAUGUAUGAUGCUUACAUGGAUGAAUGGAUGGACUUAUGAGCACUGCAAA